UUUCAUAUUGAUAAGUUUCCUUCAGUUUUCCAUUCAUCAUAUACGAUGUAGAGUAGCGAACUAUUUGAUCGUCAGUUGUUCAGGGACUAGCCUGUUUGUGUGUAUUUAUCUUUUGAAGGACAGGUAUUUUUUAUUGUUUUUGAAAUUUGUUCAAUAUGACCGACAGGAGAUCAGCUAGAAACAAAGAAGUUCCUGACUAUAAAGCUAUGAAUGAGGGAAAGGGAUUUACUCCCAAGAGGCAAUUAAUUGAACCUGUUCUGGCUUCUCCCAGCCAGUUGUUUGAUUUGAAUGAAGAAGAUUCUACUGUGACACCGCCUGAGGUACUUCCGGAAUUACGUCCAAGUUCAGAUUUGGCCGAAAAAGAGGAAAAAGAGAGGUUGUUGCGGCGUUUGAGUGAGUUGGAUGAGCAUCAGGCUCGUUUACAGGAGCGGAGAGAAUUAGAAAUUCUUCGUAAGAAAGUUGAGGAGAAAGAAGCGUUUGUUAGUGAGUUAGAGAAGUCCCUUCAACCUCAAGCUUCAGAUUUAUCGUCUAGAAAGAAGGGCAGACAUAUUCGUCCCACUACUUCCAGUUCUCGAGGGCAGAAAUCAUCCAAAUCUUCACAUGCCGGUGCAGAAGAUGUACGAGUUCAUAUUCUUUCUGACUCAAUUGCUAAACAUGUGGAUGGCAUUUGGUUUACAAGGGUUCAUGCUUUUCCAGGAAUUAAUUUGGUUCGAUUAACAACCAAGAUUCAACGUGACCCCUCUUUGGUCAACAAGCCUUUUACUAUCAUUCAUGUUGGAACUAAUGAUGUUAAUUCUCAUGACAAGUUGUCAGUUGAUCAAAUUUUGAGUUAUUUUAAUAAUUUGAUUACAGUUAUUCGUAGUAUUUCAUCGACUCAUAUUGUUUUUUCAAGUAUACUUCCUCGUCCAGUUGAUUAUUCUCAGACUAGUUCUAAGGUAAAGUUAUUAAAUCAGAGGUUAGAGGCUAAAUGCAAAGAACGUCAUUGUCAGUUCAUUCAUUCCUAUCGUCCUUUCUUUUACUGUGGUAAACCAAAUCUCGAGGUUUUCGCAGUCAGAGACGGUGGUUUGCACUUAAAUUUUGAAGGGGUUAGACUCCUUCGUAAUUUUUUCAUUCGUACAGUGGCUCAUUUACUGAAAGGCUAAUUUGCUUUGUAAUUUAUUUUUAAAAAAUAGUUAAAAAUAAUUGAUCUUCCCAACUUGUGGCACAGAAGUGUUAUUCUAUUGCAAACAACAAAAGGAGCAACUUUUAUUUUGUUUUUGUGCUCCUCUUUAACUUUCAUUUUAUUUCUUGCAUGACAUAAAUUUCUUUGUUCAUAAAUUUUCUAUUUGCUUGUAUUGUAACAUUUGUAUAUUAGCAUCCAUUUUAUUAUUUUCAUCUUGAUGUCAGUUUAAUGGGAUAUCAUAUUGUAGACUUGGGUUGUUUUAGCUUUGAGGGAAGUAUUUUAUUUCCUCGGCUAUUGUUGCUCAUAUGAUGUUAGCAUCUUUAUAUCAUCUGUGAGUUUUUCCUUUUAAAGGAGGUAUAUUUACUCCUUUGAGGAUUUGGGAAUAAGUGGUAAUGGUAUCUUGACGUUACCCUUGUUUCUUUUUUCAUCUUUAUCUUUGGGUACCCAUUUUUCUGACAUCUUGAUUCAUCAUUUUUGAAUGCUGUUAUUUUGCUUUGCUAUUGCUUUUAAUUUACUUUUUGUUUGCUUGUAAUUUUGCACAGAGCUUCCUUUAAGAAUUAUUAUUUAUUUAUAUAUAUUUACUUAAAACUGUUUAAUCCCUUAGAGUAAUGAUAUUUUUGGUAAUUGUCUUGAUGGUAGCUCUGUGUUAACUUACAUUUCUUGUACUUAUAUAUUAUGCUUUUGUAUAUAAUUUUGUUCUGCUUUAUGUUUGGCCGGGAGUUGGCGGUUUUGUUCCUAUUCAUUCUGUAUUUCUCAUGAAUAGAUCAUUCUAUCUUUGUUUAAAUAACAUUUAUUUUCAUUGAUGUUGUAAAGUGUUUAUGUGUAUACUGCAUAACACUGAUUCAUUAUUUCAAUUUGUAUUUGACUUAUCGUUGUUUACGUGUCUGCUAGCUCUAAUAAAUCAUAUUAUUAUUUGAAAUUGCCUUUUUUGGUUUUGACAUAAUUUGAAGCAUUUUGUUUACAAUAAAAUCUUUUAAUUAUGGAUAAAACAGCCUUUCUCAUUGGUUGUUCUUUAUAUAGGUCAGAGGUCAUUUUUGUACUAUUACUCCAUUCCAUUUGUUGUAUAUCAAUAAACAACCUUUUUGAUUGGUUACUUCACCAGUUAGGUCAAGGGUCACUUUUGUAUCAUUACGCCAAACUGUAUUUAAGUUAGGUUUUGGCGCCUUUUAGUUACAGUUUUUGUCAAGACACGUUUCCAGUCGGUUGUUUUCUUCGAUUUUGCCACUCCCUCCCGCCCUUUUUGUGUUCUUUAUUGUUUAGCUUGUUUAGUUCUGUAUUGCAUGUUUUUAAUCUGUUUAUGUUUCAUUUUUAAUUAUUUCCGCUUAUAUAUUCUAUUACAUUUGUUAAAGCGGUUUUGUUCCUAUUCAUUCUGUAUUUCUCAUGAAUAGAUCAUUCUAUCUUUGUUUAAAUAACAUUUAUUUUCAUUGAUGUUGUAAAGUGUUUAUGUGUAUACUGCAUAACACUGAUUCAUUAUUUCAAUUUGUAUUUGACUUAUCGUUG